CAGUUCUAUCUUUCUGGACCUGGCCGAGCAGGAGGCGCCAUCAUGGGUGUUGACAUUCGCCACACGGACCGAAAGGUUCGGCGCAAGGAGCCCAAGAGCCAGGACGUCUACCUGCGGCUGCUGGUCAAGCUGUACAGGUUUCUGGCCAGACGAACCAACUCGACCUUCAAUCAGGUUGUGCUGAAAAGGUUAUUUAUGAGUCGCACUAACCGGCCACCUCUGUCCCUGUCUCGGAUGAUCCAAAAGAUGAAGCUUCCUGGCCGAGAGAACAAGACAGCUGUGGUUGUGGGGACAGUCACAGAUGAUGUGCGGAUUCUCGAAGUGCCUAAACUGAAGGUGUGUGCACUGCGGGUGAGCAGGCCGCGCCCGAAGUCACAUCCUCAAGGCUGGGGUAAGAUCCUCACCUUCGACCAGCUGGCCCUGGAGUCUCCCAAGGGCCGUGGCACUGUGCUCCUGUCUGGUCCUCGGAAGGGCCGAGAGGUAUACCGGCAUUUUGGCAAGGCCCCAGGAACCCCACACGGCCAUACCAAACCCUAUGUCCCCUCCAAGGGCCAGAAGUUCGAACGUGCCAGAGGCAGAAGGGCUAGGCGCGGCUACAAAAACUAACCUUGGAUCUUACUGUUACUAUA